AUGGCACAAGACGACACCGAAGAUGCGCGGGGGGUUUCCACGGCCGUGGAUAUGGAAAUGACCAUGACGAACGACGACCCCAAACUGUUGAAACAGGCACCCGAUGCAGAUGAGGCCAUGAAAGCCUUUGAAGAGAUGCAGGGGGAAGCAAUUGAACUGGAUGAAGCAACGAACCGCCGGCUUGUGCAAACUACAUUGUCUUACGCCAGUAUCAUGGGUCUGAAAGAGGAUCUCCAUCUGGUUGAUGAUCAGUACCAAUGGCUUGGUAGUUUGUUCUACUUCGGCUAUAUCGCCUGGGAGUAUCCAACAAACCGCCUCCUGCAACGAUUACCACUAGGCAAAUACUCCGCAGCAUGCAUAAUAAUCUGGGGACUAAUCCUCAGCUGCUUCGCCGCAGCGAAGAACUACCCAGGGGCGAUCGCAAUCCGCUUCUUCCUAGGUGUAUUCGAAGCAGCCGUCACACCAGGUUUUGCACUCCUCACCUCUCAGUGGUACACCCGCACCGAACAAGGCAAAAGAGUAAACAUAUGGUACAGCUUCAACGGCUGGGGCCAAAUAAUAGGCGGGCUCGUAGCCUACGGAAUAGCAACCGGAGCGCGCAAACACGGCUCUCUAAUAGCCCCCUGGAAAAUUGUCUUCCUCUUCACGGGCCUGCUAACAAUAGUCCUGGGCCUUGUCUUUCUCUGGGUCGUACCAGAUAGCCAACUCAACGCGCGCUGGCUGAAGAAACAAGAUCGUGUCCUUGCUAUUGCCCGUGUGCGCAUUAACCAGCAGGGAAUUGGGAAUAAGCAUUUUAAGUGGUCUUUCUAUUGGGAAUUUGGACUAACGAAUGUCACUCUUGUUGUUGGAAAGAUCACCAGCUUCGACUAUACACCCGAACAAAGCCUACUAUACGGCACACCAGCGGGAGCAGUCGAAGUCGUGGCACUACUGCUAAACGGCUACAUGGGCGACCGGACUGGGCAACGAAUCCUAUGUAGUCUAGGCGGACUACUGACAGCGACGAUUGGAGUUGUCCUGAUUGUGGCACUGCCACUGGAGAACAACAUCGGCAGACUGAUUGGGUAUUACAUGACGCAGGCAUUCCCGACGUCAUUUGUUGCGCUUUUGUCGCUGAUUUCCUCGAAUGUUGCGGGAUAUACUAAGAAGACGACUGUGGCUGCUUUGUACCUUAUUGGGUAUUGUGCUGGGAAUAUUAUUGGCCCAUUAACAUUCCGCCCUCAAGAUGCACCGCGCUACAUCUCCGCCGAGAUAAUCAUCAUCUGCUGCUGGGGCGUGUCAUUGCUAAUUCUGCUUUAUAUUUGGUGGUGGUAUAAUAAGGAGAAUCGACGGAAAGCUGCUAUCGUUUCGAGGGCUGACUAUGUAAGAGUGGAGAACCGGGAGUAA